AUGGCUCCGCGGCCAGACGGGAACAGCUCUCUGGCCUCGUGGCCAGAUGCCCCCACCCUGGCACCCAAUACUGCCAACACGAGUGGGCUGUCAGGGGUGCCGUGGGCACUGGCACUGGCGCUGUUGACACUGGCCGUGCUGGCCACCGUGGGAGGCAACCUGUUGGUAAUCGUGGCCAUCGCCCGGACACCGAGACUCCAGACCAUGACCAACGUGUUCGUGACUUCUCUGGCCUCAGCGGACCUGGUGGUAGGACUCCUGGUAGUGCCGCCGGGAGCCACCUUGGGGCUGACUGGCCACUGGCCCCUGGGAGUCACUGGUUGCGAGCUGUGGACUUCGGUGGACGUGCUGUGCGUUACCGCCAGCAUCGAAACCCUGUGCGCCCUGGCGGUGGACCGCUACCUGGCCGUGACCAACCCGCUGCGCUACCACGCGCUGGUCACUAAACGCCGAGCCCGGGCAGCCGUGGUCUUGGUGUGGGUCGUGUCCGCCGUGGUGUCAUUUGCGCCCAUCAUGAGCAAAUGGUGGCGUGUAGGGGCCGACGCCGAGGCGCAGCGCUGCCACUCCAACCCGCGCUGCUGCUCCUUCGCCUCCAACAUGCCCUACGCUCUGCUUUCCUCCUCCGUCUCCUUCUACCUUCCGCUGCUUGUGAUGCUCUUCGUCUACGCGCGAGUUUUUGUCGUGGCUACGCGCCAACUGCGCUUGCUGCGUCGGGAGCUGGGCCGCUUCCCGCCAGAGGAGUCUCCGCCGGCUGCGUCUCAACCUCCGUCCCCAGCCCCCGCCGGCCCGUGCGCUUCGCCCGCAGCGGUGCCUUCCUGCGAUCGCAGACCCGCGCGCCUCCUGCCUCACCGGGAACACCGGGCCCUGCGCACCUUGGGUCUCAUCGUGGGUACAUUCACUCUUUGCUGGUUACCCUUCUUUGUGGCCAACGUGGUGCGCGCCCUCGGAGGCCCUUCUCUGGUUCCCAAUCGGGCUUUCCUCGCCCUUAACUGGCUAGGCUAUGCCAACUCUGCCUUCAACCCUCUCAUCUACUGCCGCAGCCCCGACUUUCGCUGCGCCUUCCGCCGCCUGCUGUGCCGCUGCCGGCCAGAGGAGCACCCCGCCGCUGUCUCCGCUUCCUGCUCCCCUGCGGCCCUGGCCAGCUCCGCGCAGUCCCGGCAGUUCCCACCUCUCGACGGGGCUUCCUGGGGAAUUUCUUAG